GGUAGUGAAGAAUAGUCGAAGCAACCUGCCUCGAUUUUUCGAAUUUCGCAUCCUUUACACCGGAUUUUAAAUUUGUUUGGCGUGUUCGCUGGCCAAAUAUUUUUGUUGAAACAUCAUGGGGUACGAAGGCAAGGUUAAGGGGAGACGCAAGGCUCCCAGCCCAAAUUCGAUUCUCGAUCGCAAAGCCUUGACGGAAGCCCUGGAAGAAGCUGGCAUCUCGGUCAAACGCAUGCACAUCGAUGAAUUCUACAAAGCUUUGCACAAACAACGCUACCCUCCACUCCCAGAGUUCGUGGAAAACUACUACGCCAACGACGGAAGAGACAAUGCCCGACCAUCCCAAUCGCAAUUGCAACCGCAAGCGAACCCCAACCUAAAGAAGAAAAAGAAGACGAAAAACAAAAUGUCGCUUCCAAAAUCUCUUCUUGAUUUCAUUGCCUCGACUCGCGACUUUGUCAACACCACGUCACGUGUGAAGGAACAAUUUACUUCUGCCGACAAAUCGACGACCAAGCUGAUCGUCGAACUGUACGAUGGCUUCGUCGUUGAAUCCGUGUUGAUGCGAUACCUGCAAAAGGGAGCGGGCAGGGCCAGUUUGUGCGUCUCGUCGCAAUGCGGCUGCGCCAUGGGAUGCACCUUCUGUGCGACGGGAACCAUGGGGCUGUCCGGAAAUCUCACMAGCGGCGAAAUCCUGGAGCAAUUGGUGCAUGCCGAUCGGUUGCUGGCGGAAGAGAGCAACGCCCGCAUCGAGGAAGCGAAGGACGACGAAGAAAACAGCAGUGCUCUCGGCAACAGCAAUGAAAACGGGAAGAAAAAGGAGAAACGGCUCGAGUCGGUGCGGAACGUGGUCUUCAUGGGCAUGGGAGAACCCCUUGACAACUACAACAACGUUACGGAAGCCUGUCGAACCAUGAUCGACCGAUCCCGAUGGAAUUUGGCCCACGGCAGGGUGACCGUCUCUACAGUGGGUCUUAUUUCGCAGAUUCGACGACUGACAAAGGAACUCCCCGAGGUCUCGCUAGCCUUGUCACUCCACGCUSCCAAUCAAAAGGAUAGAGAGGCCAUCGUUCCGACCGCUUCGCGAUACCCCAUCGAAGGACUGAUCGAUGCGCUCGACAACCACAUGAUGGCAUACCUGAAUCAGAAGCGGGAACGAGAAAACAAAACGAAGCUCGUUGCUUUGGAAGACGGGGGGGCAUCGGAAGAACAACAAUACCCGCUGAAAACGUACACGGCGGAAGAGCGCAUGAAGGAAUCGUCUCGACGACGAGCCAUGAUCGAAUACGUCAUGCUGGAAGGAGAAUCGUCUUCGUUCAAGUGCGCCCACGAACUGGGGAAACUAUGCGAGAACCGGCACCUCGUGGUCAAUCUCAUUCCGUACAACGCGACGGACGUCAAGGACAAACUCCAGUGCCCUUCCGACCAACACAUGCUGGAGUUCCGAAACAUUGUCCAGUCGUACGGAGCCUUUGUGACGAUUCGAAGGACGAUGGGGGCUGACAUUGCUUCGGCCUGCGGGCAACUAGUGCAGAAGAAGAACAAAGAAAAAGACGAGAAAAAGGCAGCAGCGCUGGCAUACGAGGAAGACGAAGCGAAAGCGGUAGACAUUGAAGACGUGGUGGCCGAGAACGGGGGUGAUCGCCCGAGCAAACGCAAAACAGACGCCGUGGUCGAAACGGUCGCUGCCGAGUCCAAGAAAAGAGCUCAAGCCAAGCAAUCUCUUGCGCGAGAGAAAGAUGCUCCGUCGCGCCUAUUGCCAUGGAUGCAAUCCAUAUCAGACGACGAACUUUAUCGUUGGUCGCAAAUAUUGACGAUUGCAACUUCGGUAUCGGCAACGUGCUUUUUGGCGUCUUCUGUUCUCUAUUUGAGGAGGAAAAAAUAGAUUUGUAGAUAAUUGAGUUGACUAUUAUCAAUGUAUU